AUGGCCGAGUUUGAGCGCACCAACGACUUAAUGAGACAAUACGGGGACUAUCGCAAGUGGAAAGGCGGGAUGAAGCACUCGAGUGUGUCCAAGGAAUCACCCUGCGGGCUCAUCAACGGAAAGAUGCUGGCCUCUCGCAUCGGAAAGAACGACAACAUUCAAGAAGUGAUUAAGAGUGGAAACGCGUUUAAGCACCCUGAAGAUUGA